UUAGGCAAAAUUCACAGUCUGCCGACAGCCGCGCUUGAUUCCGCACCAAUCUUGUUUUGGAAAACAAAACUUUUCUCCGUGUAUUCUCCUUUAUUGUAUUUCCACGUAUAAAUCGUUUAUAUGUUUUUUUUUCUUUUGCUCUUCCCUCAUUUUCGCCAACUUGAUGAGAUCCGUGGAGAAAAAUCAGUGAUAUUACAUGCGGAGAUAAACACGGCGGGAUGAUCAAGAGUCGAUGACGGUUAAUUAAAUUUUGUUACGCAACAUUACAAAUGUCAUUACAAAUUGUCUAAUGUGUUAAGAGUAAUGCUCGAAUAAUUUCUAAUUAGAAAUUGAUAAUCAUUAUUGUAUGAGGAAAUUAAAAAAGAAUUGGAUAACUAUUAUAAUCUAAUAGAGCUUGGAAUGGAUAGUGUUGUAAUGCAAGAAAUGUGGAUGGUUUGUGAUUAAAUGAAUUAUUGGUGUUUGGGAAUUUAUUGAAUAAUAAAUUUGUUGAAUAAAAUUAUUAUUGUGUUUUGAAAUUUAUUGUGUAUUAAAUAAAAAUUGUAACCAAAUGUUAAAAUUCUUUAAAAUAACAAAGUUCUUUUAUCGUAGUUUAAAGAAAAAUUGAAAAAUUUUUUGUUAUAUAUAGUGAUGAAUAUAUUGUUUUAUUUUCGAAUAUAAAACAAUAUAGAUAUUUACGUAAAAGAACCGAUAUUGAUCGAAAAUUUUUUUCGAAAAAAUCAUGACAUAAGAAGAUGAGUAUUAAAGUAAAAAUAUAAAAAUUAAAAGUGGUAUGAAGAAUUGAUAUAUAGUGAGAAUCGAUUGUAUGUUUUUCAAUAAUAUUAUAUAUAUUCUCGUGUGAACUGUGAAACUUUCAAGUUGAAGGAUAAAGAGGAAAGAGCGACAAAUCAAUUAAAAAAGAAUAUGCUUGUAAUCGUAUCAGAAUGCAGUACGAGGGAUCAUGAUGAGCAUGAACAACGAAACGAAUGGCUCGUUGGAUGGUCCGGCGGACUACAAGUUAAAUCUUACGAAUCCAGACGAUUGCAACUACUUCGGAUCUCAAAGCAUCUUCUCCACAAACUGGUUUCGUGGUAUCAUUUAUUUCGUAUAUAGCACGGUAUUCGUGGUCGCGUUAACAGGAAACGGCCUAGUCUGCUACGUGGUGCACAGCAGCCCCCGAAUGAAAACCGUCACUAAUUUCUUUAUCGUGAACCUCGCUCUGGGAGACAUCCUGAUAGCGUUGUUCUGCGUUCCAACCAGCUCCAUCAGUACACUGAUACUGCAAUAUUGGCCGUUUGGUCCGGAACUCUGCCCAACCGUUAUUUAUUUGCAGGCAGUAUCAGUUCUAGUGAGUGCUUACACGCUCGUUGCGAUCAGUAUAGAUCGUUACAUAGCUAUUAUGUGGCCUUUGAAACCAAGAUUGAGCAAACGGCAAGCUCAACUUCUAAUUCUCGCUGUUUGGUUGCUGGCUAUGGUAAUAUCGCUCCCUAUCGCUAUUGUUUCAAAACUCUUCCAACCAUCGAUCCAAUAUAAAAGAUGCAAUCAAUAUAUCUGCAUUGAAGUUUGGCCAUCGUUGGAGAAUAGAUAUUAUUACUCGAUCGCAUUAUUGGUUCUUCAAUAUGUGAUACCAAUAACAGUACUAGUGUUCACUUAUACCAGCAUCGCUAUUAUGGUUUGGGGUAAACGACCACCAGGAGAAGCUGAAAAUAUCAGAGAUCAGAGAAUGGCACGUUCAAAGAGGAAGAUGGUGAAAAUGAUGGUGACAGUUGUAAUAGUGUUUACUGUCUGCUGGCUUCCAUUCAAUAUAUUGAACUUAAUAAUGGAUAAUAACGAAACUCUUGGAAGUUGGACCUGGUUUCCUUUUGUAUGGAUGAUUCUCCAUUGGUUGGCCAUGUCUCAUUCAUGUUAUAAUCCAGUAAUUUAUUGUUGGAUGAACGCAAGGUUUCGAACUGGUUUCAUAACAGCAAUCGGUCAUUUACCUGGUACACAUCGACUUCUUCGCAGAGAAAGACGUGAUAAUUAUAAUGCUAGUUUGGAUAUUCCUUUAACAGGUUUUAAUGAUUCAAAUCAUUCUGUCCUUCGACGUAUGAACACAUGCACAACAUAUAUCAGUGUUCGUCGUAAAGCAAAUGGGAAUCACACUGCACCUGCAAGAAGUGCAAGCUUCCGUAAUGAUUCUUUCCGACCAAUGGCACAACAAUUACAACGACAAUUCACUUACCUCGAAUCUCAUACAGAAGAGCAAUUAUAAAAAAUUUUUGUAAUUAAAUUAAGGAUUAAGUAUUAAUGAGGGUAAAUAUGAGAUUAGUGAGUACUGAUAUAUAAAGUGAUGUAAAAUUUGAGUGAUGUAAAAAUUUGCACAAAAAGAUAGUGUAUGGAGAUCGUGAAAAAACAUGAAUUAAAAAAGAAUUACAAAUAUUACAACGAUAUUAUGGGAAAAUUAACGUUGAUUUAAAAAAUACGAAUAUAUAUAUAAUCAAAAAAAAAGAAAAUUUUUUAAUUUUUUAAUCAAUGUAAUGAUAAGUUUUGCCGUUUUUUAUAAUUAAUACUAAACAUUUUGUACAAAAUAUUUGUGUAACAAUGAACAAUGUGAUUAGACAAGUGAUCAAUGUAGAUAUAUUUUUAUAUUUUAUAUACUUAUUUUCUUUAUUUAUUUAUUUAUUUUGUUUAUUCUUUAUUUAUUUUAAUUUAUUGACAUUACAUUAAGAAGGAAAAAAUAAAAAUAAGUUUUCUUACAUUUUUUUAUAUUUAAAUUUUAGCUAAAAUUAAAAUAUAAAAAGACGUGGUUUUAUAAAUAAAGGCAAACUUUUCAUUAAAAUUAUUUACGAUGUUAUUUGUAAUAAUAAUAAUUCUAAUUAAAAUGAAAUUGUUAAUGUUUUUUUAACAUUCAUUUUUUUAAUAAGAGAUAAAUCAUAUCUAAUUUUAUUAAAAUUCUAAUGAAAUAUUAAAUUGUUAUAUUUUUAUUCUUAUUAUUCUUAUUAUUCUUAUUCUUAUUCUUAUUUCUAUUCUUUUAUAGAAAUAAUAUUAUAGCAAGAUUAACAAAGAUUUAAUAAUUGAAAUUCAGAAGUGUAUCAUAUUGUAAACAAAAACUGUUAAACAAUAAGAGAUUUAUAAUAUAUAUCUUACAAAUAUC